AUGAGUAGCAGCAGUGAGGACACGGCCCGCUCGCAGGUCAACACGCGAGUCCGCCAGAAGACCCGAAAAGCGGAACGAGUGAGUGCCGUUGGUGAAGAGCUGGUGUCGCCUAUAUCCGUGAAGCAUAUUAAGGCCCCUCCUUUUUGGGCAGAAAAACCAAAUAUUUGGUUUCGACAAGUCGAGGGACAAUUCAAAAUGUACGGCAUCACCGACGAGGAAACCAAAUUCUACCAGGUGCUAUCUUCGUUGGAAAGACAGUACGCAGCAGAGGUAGAAGAUAUUAUUACUGGCCCGCCCGACUAUACACGGCUUAAAACGGAACUAAUAAAAAGGUUAUCCGCGUCCAAGGAAAAUAAAAUAAAACAGCUCCUGACGCACGAACAGAUUGGCAGCCGCAAACCGUCGCAAUUCUUACGACAUCUGCAACACCUGGCAGGAUCGGAUAAACCGGCAGAUUUUUUAAAGACUAUUUGGACCAGCCGGUUGCCCGCAGAUAUGCAGUCUAUAGUCGCGUCCCAACAAACUUUAACGUUGAAUGCCCUUGCUGACCUCGCCUACCGUAUUUACGACAUUGCCACCCCACCGGACCAGGUAGCCGCUGUGACGUCAUCAUCAGCAAUAGACGUGCUAGCCCAGCAAGUUGCGGAACUCAAUAAGCAGGUUAGUGUGCUUGUUGCGCGUGAUAACCAAAGGUCGAGGUCGAAAGAACGCGGUAGAACUCGUGGGAGUAAACACAACCGAUCGCGAUCAAGAAGAUCGACUCCCAACAACCGCCGGUUUCCAAGCUGUUGGUACCACCACAAGUUCGGGUCGAGUGCGGCCAAAUGUGUGCAGCCCUGUAAUUUUAACCCGACGUCGGGAAACGGCCGGAGCAAUCAGUGA